AUGACUUCGAUCAAUUGUGUAUGUUGUGCCACAUUUCUCCUGUUCGCCCUAUUCUCUCCGCCAACCCGUGCAUUAAAGUUUUCCUGCAACAAUAUAACCUGCAUGCUGGAAAACCUCGAUCUCGACGAAGCUUAUUCGUUUGCAUUUGCUUACUUCAACAACACAACCUACCAGCUAACGGCCGUGCAAGUGAAGGGAGACAUUUUCGAUCUUACCACACUACCCAAUCUAUCCAAUUUGCGCGUUUUCGUGCUAGAUCAGUCGCAGCUCAACUCGGUAAUAUUAAGACUAACGAUGGAGAAAUCUACAGUAUGUAUCACAAACACACCGCUAAAAACAUUGAUCUUCCAUGAGAGCCGCAAUCUGGAGGAUGUACGUAUCGACCGGUCACUGCUGGAGACCAUUCCGGAAACGCUUUUCAUGCAGGAAUCGCUUGAAACUUUGUUCAUUACAAAUUCGUUGCUUGCCGUUAUCGAUUUCCAUCUGUUCGAGACGUUGGUCAAUUUGCGUUAUGUGGACUUUAGCUGUAACAAAAUUCACAUCAUACAUAUUCCUACCACAAGUACCUGCUGUCGUCGAUUGAUUGCACUCGAUCUGCAGCAAAAUCGGCUGGAGAACUUCAACUUUGGGCUGCUUGCACACAUGAACUGUCUGGAUAAUCUUACGCUCAGAAGGAAUCGCAUUCUGAAGGUGGAGCAGAUCGAAUCUAGCAAACCUAAGUCAUCGCCAUACCUGCCCCAGUUCUGUACUAUGGACACACAGGGUCUUGCUUUAAUACAAGGAUUUCAAGAGCCUACGUCAUCCAGCCGUUACGCGAGUUUGACUACGAUCGAUCUUGACAGUAAUCGUUUGAGGGAAGUAAAUCUUUCCAUGUUUUCCAACAUGCCGAACCUGGUACAUCUGACGCUCAGCAGAAAUGUACUGACGAGUAUAACGGUACACGAUGGACAACUUCCAACACGGUUGGAGGUCCUAGAGUUGAGCUUCAACAGACUUGCAAAUGCUGACUUUAGUCCCAUUCUCGGUGUGAAAAUGGUUAAUGUUGGGGGUAAUCAGUGA